AAAUCUUUAUACCGCCUCCUCCGAAAAGAUUGACGUCAGGAUUCUCCGCCCUUCUACUUCCUCUUUCACAGUGGUCGUCAGCGAGAGACACCAUGAAGGCGUCUGGCACCCUAAGGGAAUAUAAAGUAGUUGGGCGCCUCCUGCCCUCUGCCAAGAACCCUAACCCUCCUUUAUACCGCAUGAGGAUCUUCGCCCCUAACCAUGUGGUGGCUAAAUCCCGCUUCUGGUACUUCGUCUCCCAGCUGAGGAAGAUGAAGAAGGCCUCAGGCGAGACCGUCUACUGUGGACUGGUCCAUGAGUCAACUCCCCUGAAGGUGAAGAACUUUGGCAUCUGGCUGCGCUAUGAUUCCCGUAGUGGAACUCACAACAUGUACAGGGAGUACAGAGACCUGACCACUUCUGGGGCCGUCACUCAGUGCUAUCGUGAUAUGGGUGCACGCCAUCGCGCUCGUGCUCACUCCAUCCAGAUCAUGAAGGUGCAAGUGAUUGCAGCCAACAAAUGUCGCAGACCUGCCAUCAAGCAGUUCCACGACUCCAAGAUCAAGUUCCCUCUGCCCCACAGAGUUCUUCGUCGCCAGCACAAGCCCCGCUUCACCACCAAGAGACCAAACACCUUCUUCUAAAGUAUAUGUUGAUGCUUUUCAAAAAGAAAUGGGGAAUAAAAAGUUACAGAAAAAAUCUUGAGUCAUUUAUAUAUUUUUACAUUCUGAAUUCAGAACUAGCAAGUUGACUACCUAAAAGAUAUUCAGAAACCUGGUAAACGCCCGUUGGGAUAAAGAUGCAUUGCGAAAAACA